AUAUAUUAAAAUAAGUUGAACCUUCGCCAAGUGAAGGAAGAUGCGCUGUCCAGAUGAUGAAAUGGCGUUGCCAUCUCUACCGUAUACACAGAGGUAUCUCGGUGCCAGUAUGCUGGCUAGCUCCGGUAGCUGUCACCUAAGAAAAUCCUGCGACUUAACUACCGUGCAUUAUAAAUGUAAUCAUUUAUGGAGCAUUUAAAGAGCGUCCACAAUCGACUGGGAAGCCUACAACUAAGGACAAUCUUAAAGCAUUAUCUUCACUACUCUAUCAAUACUAACAACAUGGCUCCCAAGAAAGACACAGGCAAAACUCCAUACCAAGGCAAGAAGCGGGCUUUUGGAAAUUUCAAAUGUCCAAAAUGUAAUCGGACUUGGUCAAGUGCCAACAGUUGGGCUAACAUGGGCCAGGAAUGCAAGACAUGCAGGAUUAAUGUUUACCCUUAUCAUCAGGAGGAGCUAAAACCAGGUAACACUAGUUACAAUCAGGAACAGCAUCCUGAGCAUCUGUGUGAGAAGUGCAAGCAACUUGGUCACUCCUGUAAAAACUGAAUCAAAUGCAGCAACAGGCUAAUUAAUAGCUAUACAACUAAUUAAUUGUUAACACUGCUUCAACUUAGAUAUAGAAUAGAACAGGCUUUUGGUUAAUUAGGCUUUUCAUGUCUAAAUAUAGUUGAAUAGAUUGAUGAUUUAAAUUUUGAAUGAAAAUUUUUACUACAUCAUAUUAUUAUUUUGGAGUUUUUAAUAAAUAACUUAUCAUGGGUUCAAAGCCAAUCAUAGCAGGCUCACAGAUCCAUUGCUAAGUAUCUUGUAUUGUAUCUGCUUUGCAAAAAUUCUGCAUCGUUUGUUUUUAUAUUAUGAACAUUACACAUUGACAGGGACGUAAUGCAGCACUGAAAGCGUGGUUAAAAUAUUCCAUCGCCACAUGUAUUCCUUUAUCUACUCUUCCUAACACUGUUCAAAGUGAAAAUGCCAAUAAAUCUUAAA